GUUAUUAAUUAAUCAUUAAUCAUUAAUCAUUAAUCAUCAUUUGCUUACGCCGUUGGAAGAGAAGGACAUAUCACGAGUCAAUUUCGCUCAGCUCCAAUAGUGAGCGAUUGAUACCAAACAAAUGCCUUUACUUGUUCAAUUGCAAAUCUGUUCCCUUUAUACUUCUUCUACGCUUCCAUAAUCCUAUUUUGUAUCUCCUUUAUGAUCUGAACGGAAAAUCAUCUCAAAACUGCCACAAUUCACUUCCUGGCUUUCGCAGGUAAUUUUGGAGUUCAGGAGUACAACCUGCUGAAUAGCCUGCCCAGCUGUAACACUAAUGGAUCAAAGUCUUGCUAUUGAGGAGGAGGGUAUACGGAAUGGCCUUGAGAUGGUGAAAUCUGCCUCUGAUAAGCAUAUUGAUAUUCUCAGGCCAUCUGCUCGAUACUAUUCAGCAUCUAGAGUGUUUAUCCAAACAGCUGAAGACACUGUGAUGGUGGAAGGGCAAGCCUCAGAUGCUGCAGACCGUGAAAAGGGAAAGUAUACUCUUCUUAGGGAUCCUGAGGACUUCCAAGCUGGGAUUUAUGACAAACCUCUUCCAUGCUUUGGCUGCGGUGUAGGAUGGUUUUCCUUUCUCUCAGGAUUUGUGUUCCCAUUGAUGUGGUACUAUGCCACAAUUCUUUACUUUGGAAAUUAUUACCGUAAAGAUCCUAGGGAGCGAGCAGGCCUUGCUGCUGCUGCAAUUGCUGCAAUGGCAUGUUCUGCUGUGUUAUUGGUCAUAGUAGCUUUCUAUAUUCUAUUUUAGUUCAGGACUUCGCGUGCUAGUGUGCUCUUAACAUGUACAUGUCAAAACAAGACGCUCUUUAGUUGGAAGAAAUUGCCCUUGCAAAUGUAGAUAAGAAAGUAACUGGUGGAAGAGCACGAAGCUAAAAUGUUAUUACAAGGUGUUUCUCAACGACUGCAGAUACAAACACUUCAGAAGCAUAAAACUGGAAGCUUUUUUCCAUGUGUUUUGGUGUACCUAUGUUUUUGUGGUGUUGGGGAACAUUGUCAAUUAGCAUAAUGUUUACAGAGGCAUUUACGUAUUUAAACAUAUA